AUGACCAUGAGUUUAGAGAAAGUCAUCCAACGCUACCAGGCUCACAAAGAUGCAGACGCUGCAGUUAAUGAGCAUACAAGCGGGACUGAGGUUUUUUUCCAGAUCCCUAUAUCUUAUCAGAUAGUAUUGAACUCCUAUUUCCAGAUGAUAAUGCUUCUGCAGACUCCAACUCUCCACACUCUAAAUCCUUUCCUCUUCACUAUGCUUCCCCUGCUCCGCACUGUGGAUUCCUUUACUGCACCAAAGAAGCUGCUGCCAGCAUGGAGGACUCCUGAUGCUGGUUCCGACUUGCUGCUGAGUGUCCAGAGGCAUGUGGAAGCGAAGACUGUGGUGCAGCUGGAUCUAACACAAGUCACGCAACUAGUCAGGAACCUGGAGUCCUUGCUCAGGGAAGCCCAAGUUCGAAAGACGGAGCUAAUGAUUCAAUCUGUUACGGGCUUUCAGCAGCAGGAGAUACCUCUUCCUCCAGAAAACCUGCUGAUGGAAAACGAGCUCUCAUCCAUAGCCAACCAGCAGAACCAGAGCCAGAAUCAGCAGCAUGAGCAGGAUCUGGAUGACAUUCCUAAUCCCAACCAGCAGCAGCAGCAAUUUCUCCUGAUGGGCAUGCACCUAAACAACAGCAACAAUGGCGGAGUUGGAGAUUCCAGUGUCAUCCCAAUCCACCAGUUGCAGCAUCAUCAACAAAACCAGCCUUUCCUCAUGGGUAUGAAUCUGAACCACAACAACUUCCCUACAACAGAUGAUAACAACAAUAUCAGCAAUGGUGGUGCUGGAUCUGGUCCUUCUGCUGCUGCCUCUCUGCUCCAGAGGGAUGCCUUCCAAAAGGACAUCCUUCAUUUCUUCUGACCAGACCCAGAAAGAAACUGCAUGCAGAGAAAGAUGCAUGCAUCCACCAUCAUAAAGACAAUGAUGCCUGUUUGUACUAGUUUCCCUAAUAAUUUCUGAGUUUUGUGAUUUUAGCUCCAGCCGCCCUGAGUGUUUUUACUAGUAAAUAAAAUGAGGAAAGAAAAAAGCGCGUAGAAAAAGGAGGAAAGAUAGCAGCGGCAGCUGCUUGCUGCCACUUCUAGAUGAUAUAAGUAUUACAUGUGUUGUGUAAAAAGGUCUGCCACCCUGGCAUGACAUUGCCACGUCGCCGGUCUGAAAAAGUACCGCUUGGUACUGUGGGCUAUCACCUGUAAUUAAUUACGUAGUAUUAAAAUAUUUGUAUAAUGUAAGUGGUAAUGUAAUAUGUAUGCCAACGAAGUGAUGUAUUUUUUCGCCAGCCAAUUUUACUAUCAGGUUUUUGAA